GAUGCACAUGGGAGGAGAGGGUGGGAUUGUGCAGGAGAAAGAGGAAUAGUGGGAGGAAGAGGAGUGUGAGGAAGAGUAGGGACACAGGAGAAGUAAGAGCAGGAAGAGGAGGCACCACAAGGUUCCAGCCCUCCCUGUAUCUGCAGCCUCCCCCCAGCCCCAGGAGUGUUUCCCUCCCCACAUGCAGCAGGUGACCAGGGAGGGGAAUCCAUGAUUUUCAUGGGAGUGAAUCUUGGUGUUUCUGAGCUUGAUUGAGCUAAAUGUUGAUGCUUUGGGUUUUUGCAAGGGGCUGAAUCUUUUAGAGGUUUGGGGAUGUUUGGGGAGUUUUUGAUCUGUGUCUUGAUGUUUGGAGUACUUUUGGGAUGAAUCUUCUUCCUUUGGACGUUCUUACAGACCAGUGUGACAAUUCUUACAUGUCCUGGGGCGACUGUGUAUCCCCAAUCGUCUGUUGGGUGCAGGGGGGAGGGCAAGCGCGGUUUGUUUUUCCCAACAGGAAAACUCUGCUCAUCGGAGUGACCUUGAAGCGGGGGAGCUGGAACACGGCAAGACGAAAGAAGCUCUGUUGUUUUUUCCCCGGCAGUUAGUUAGUUUCGUGCUAGCGUAGUUAGAUGCUGGAGAAUAGCUGAAGCUUUUUGCCUUUUUUUUCUUUUUCUUUUUUUGUCCUUUUUUCCUUCCUUUUUGCUUUUUUUGCCCUCUCCUCGGAACUGUCCUAACCUCUCCAGACUAAGGACCUGGGGGAAGCACCGGGGGCCUCCACAGGGGACCCACCCCACCAAGACCAGCCGUGCACAUCUCCUUUUCUCGCAACGUCAGCGGAGACGGAGCGGUGGAGCACAGUGACAACCCUCAAGAGGAGACUUUCUUUAAGUUUGUUAUCCCUCCGAUUUUUCAUUCCCAAGGAGUGGCCGGAUGGAGGAGGAGGAAAAGCCCCGGAGAUGCCGCACGAGGAGCGGCUGCAAACCCAGCGCAGGGAGCUGCGAGGAGGAAAGACCCCCCCUGUGCCAGGAGGGCGGCCGGAGAUCCAGCCAGAGCUCAGAGCUGGUGGAGAAGCCUCAUGGAGGGGAGAAGCCCCACAAGUGCUUGGAAUGUGGGAAGGGUUUCAGCUGGAGAUCCAGUCUGAUCGAGCACCAGGUGAUCCACACUGGGGAACGGCCCUAUGAGUGUGGGGAAUGUGGGAACAGCUUCAGGUAUAGCUCCAGCCUGAGGAAACACCAGAGGAUACACACUGGGGAGAAGCCCUACGAGUGUGGGGAAUGUGGGAAGAGCUUCAGAGGCAGCUACAGCCUCAUCCAGCACCAGGUGAUCCACACUGGGGAAGGGCUCUACACCUGCUUGGAAUGUGGGAAGAGCUUUGGAUAUAGCUCCAACCUGAGGAAUCACCAGCGGAUCCACACUGGGGAGAGGCCCUACGAGUGUCCUGAAUGUGGGAAGAGAUGUCAGACCAGCUCCAGUCUCCUUGUACAUCAGCGGAUUCACACAGAGGAGAGGCCCUUCCGCUGCCCCGACUGCGGGAAGGGCUUCAAGCACAACUCUGCCCUCACUGUCCACCAGCGCAUCCACACCGGGGAGAGGCCCUACGAGUGUCCCGAGUGUGGGAAGAGCUUCUUACAGAGCUCUACCAUGACCCGACACCAACGGAGGCACCGCUAAGGGAAGCCCUGUGAGUGCCCCGAGAGCGGGAAGAGCUUCGUGCGCUGCUCCAGCUCCAUCCCCCGUGGGAGGAUCGGCCUUGGAUGAUUCCCAGUGAUCCCCUUUGGGCAGAGCCCUGCUGAUCCGUGGUCCUGGUGAUCCGUGUUGGGAAGACAACUGGCUGGGAUAUUCCACAUCUCCCUGGCUCCCCAUGGGCACCUGGAUCAAUGCAGGGGCAGGAACAUCCAUCAGGACACAGACUGACGUUGGGAAUUCCUUGGGCAGAGCAGAUUUGUUGACUUUCAACCCCAGAAAAUCUUUUGCAUUCAAUCCUAUCAUCUGGGGGCAUCAAGGAAUACUGCAUGGUCUUGGAGAUCUUUACGAACCUCAGGGAUUCCAUGAUUUUUAUUUCCUAUUGCCCAAGGCUGUCUUGCACAGCCAAAUACUGAUGGACUGGGGCCAGGACCGAGGUUUUGGAGACAGUGGGGUGGAAACCCCUCCAAAAAUGGUUCUUCCAUCCCAGCCAAACACAUGGAUCCUCAGCUGGCAGAGACACAACAAUCCUUUUUUUCUGACCUUGAUUUGUUUUUCAUUUCUCUUCAUCACUUUAAAUGUCCAACAUUGUGGUAAAAAUAAAGAGAUUGAACUGGGACAUGGGUGAGGACAUGGGGGACAUAGACAUGGUGGGACAUAGACAUGGAGAGUGACAUGGAGCACAUGGACGUGGACAGGGAUGUGGCCAUUCAUGGGGACAUGAGGGGAAAUGGGCACAGAUGGAGAUGUGGGGGACAAUGACAGGGAUGGAUUUGUGGUGGGGAGACAGCCAUGGGUGAGGACAUGGUGGGACA